AUGGAGGGAGAGCAAUUUGAGCAACAAGAAGAUCCACAAGGAUCACCGGAGCUGUUGCAGAGCCUCAGAUCCAAAGCAACGGAGCUUCUUCUCCGGGAAGAGUGGGAAGAGUCUAUCCACCUUUACACAAAGUUCAUCGAUCUCUCCCAAAGCCAAAUCACAAAGCUUUCCGGAUCCGACCGGGAAUCAAUUCCCAAGCUCAAGAAAUCACUCUGCUUGGCUCUAUGCAACCGAGCUGAAGCCAGAGCAAGGCUUCACGACUCCUCGGAAGCAAUACGGGAUUGUGAUCAAGCGCUCGAGCUCGAAAACACACAUUCCAAGACUCUUCUUUGUAAAGGUAAAGUCUUGCUAGGGUUGAGCAAAUACUCAUCGGCCUUGGAGUGUUUUAAAACGGCUCUGUUAGACCCACAAGCUAGUGAGAGUGUAACUGUGUACAUGGAGAAGUGCAAGAAGCUCGAGUUUCAGGCAAAGACUGGAGCUUUCGAUCUCUCUGAUUGGAUCCUAAGUGGGUUUCGUGGGAAAACUCCGGAGCUUGCUGAGUUCAUUGGGUGGGUUGAGAUUAAGAAGUCUGAGGUUAGUGGGCGUGGAUUGUUUGCAACGAAGAACAUUGUUGUAGGAACUUUGAUCUUUGUCACUAAGGGAGUUGCUACUGAGAGAGGGAUCUUAGGAAGUGAGGAGUCUGGUGAAAAAGCGCAGAUGAUUAUGUGGAAGAACUUUGUGGAAGAAGUUACUAAAUCUGUGAGGAGAUGUGACAGAACAAGAAGACUUGUCUCGAGUUUAUCUACUGGAGAAGAGGAAGAUAGCCUGGAGAUUCCAGAUAUAUCUCUCUUUAGGCCUGAAGCAUUUGAAACAUAUGAUGGCUUGAAACAGGAUUUGGAUAUGGAGAAGCUGCUAAGCAUUCUUGAUGUGAAUUCUCUGGUGGAAGAUGCGGUUUCAGCUAAAGUUAUAGGGAAGAACAAAGAGUAUUACGGUGUAGGGCUAUGGACACUAGCUUCAUUCAUGAACCACUCGUGUGUCCCAAACGCAAGACGCCUUCACGUUGGAGACUACGCCAUUGUUCAUGCCUCGAGAGAUAUCAAGGCUGGGGAAGAGAUCACGUCUGCUUACUUCGAAGUGCUUUCUUCUCCGCUGGAGAAGCGGAAAGAGAUGGCUGAGUCAUGGGGGUUUAGUUGUAAAUGCAGUAGAUGCAAGUUUGAGAGUGUCUUGUCUGCUACCAAUCAAGAGAUUAGAGAGCUUGAGAUGGGUUUAGAGAGAGGCGUAGACGCAGGAAACGCGGUUUAUAUGGUGGAGGAAGGGAUGAAGAGAUGGAAAGUGAAAGGGAAGGAUAAAGGUUUGCUGAGAGCAUCUUAUUGGGGAGUUUAUGAAGAGGUUUAUAACUCAGAGAGGCUUAUGAGGAGAUGGGGUAGGAAGGUUCCAUCAAUGGAAGUUGUAGUUGACAGUGUCGCUGAUGUCAUUGGAAGUGAUGAGAGGUUGUUGAAGAUGGUGGUGGAAGGGAUGAAGAAGAAGAAGAAUGGAGGUGGUAGUAGUAACAUUGCAGAGAUGGAGAAAGUCUUGAAGCUAGGAAAGGGUGUUUAUGGGAAAGUGGUAUCCAAAAAGAAGGCAAUGAAGACUCUUCUUGGCCUAGAGUGA